ACUCAUACGUCAUAAUCAAUCUAAAGAGUAGAUAGAGAUUGUCUACGCUUUAGCCAAUUCCACUCCACAUGCAAAAUUGCUGACAGUCUAUGAAGUGAGAAAAAUGCUUCCCAGCUCUGAAACUAAACCAUAUUAACACAAAUUUCAAAAGAAAUGGGGGUUAUAGAAGAUGGUUCGAUUUCGGGUGUCCUACUCAGUGGCAGAGAGGCAUUUGUAGUUCAUUACCCUGGUUAUCCUUCUUCUGUUGAUCGUGCAAUCGAAACUCUGGGAGGAAUGCAACAGAUUCUCAAGGCUCGUGCUGAGAAGCCAAACAAGUUAGAGCUGUAUUUUCGUCCUGAAGAUCCAUAUUCACAUCCAGCUUCUGGGGAACUUCGGCCCUGCACCAAAUACCUGUUGAAAUUUUCAAAAAAGAAACUUAAGGAUACGGAAAAUGUUAUGAACCAUUUUGGACAUACCUCAGCAGAUCCUCUUCAUCAGAAUGAAGAUAUUUUAAUUUCCCAAACAACUGACACUACAGAAAAUAUCGCCCAGCUCAACUGUGAAUCUUUGUUGGAUUCAUCAGAAGCCAAAUCACAAAUAAACAAUGGACCUCAAGAGCAGCUUUGUGCUGAUGUUGUCGCAAGGGUAUCUGAGGAAUACCACUUCAAUGGAAUGGUAGAUUAUCAGCAUGUUCUUGCUGUUCAUGCCAAUGCAACCCGAAAAAAGAAAAGAAACUUCGUUGAUAUGGAACCUGAAUCAGGCGAUCCAGUGGAUGUUGAUCAGGAUGAUUUAAUGAUUUUAGUCCCACCACUCUUUUCAUUGAAGAGUCAGCCACAAAAAAUGAUAUUAAAACCGUCUGGUGAUCUGAGUUUGGCAAAGAAACUAGACACAGUUGUCCGCAAGCAUUCAGAGUUGGAGAUAGACCAAUGUUUUGCCAUUGACUUCAACAUCAAAGUGAUUCCAAAGAAAGUAGACUGGGAAAAAUCCAUAGCCAGGGAUUCAGAUCUAUGGCAAUGGCAGACAAUUGUGUGUGAAUUGUUUGAAGAACGUCCAGUAUGGGUAAAACAUUCGAUAGCUGAACAUUUACUUGACCGAGGUGUGAAUGUCAAUGAGAAAGUUCUCAAAAGACUUCUUUUUCUGACGGCAUAUUAUUUCUCAAAUGGGCCAUUCAUGCGGUUCUGGAUAAGAAAAGGAUACGAUCCCCGCAAGGAUCCUGAAUCUCGCAUAUUCCAGAGGACAGACUUUCGAGUACCGCCUCCAAUAAGAAACUAUUGUGAUACCAACCUGAUGUCUGGAUUGAAGUGCAGGUGGAAGGAUAUUUGUGAUUUUCGAGUUUUCCCUCGAAAAGCACAAAUUUUGUUGCAAUUCUUUGAACUCGAUGAUGACUAUAUUCAACAAGAAAUCAGAAAACCUGUCAGUCAUGAAAUCUGCACUCUGCAAACAGGAUGGUUCACGUCACAGAUUCUUGACGUCUUGCGGUUGCGUGUUGCUCUGAGGUUUCUGUCAGUAUUUCCUGAGACUGGUGCACAAUCCUUGUUGAGAUCUGUUACUAAUCGUUUUGAGAGAUUGAAGUUACUGCACCUUACUAUGAAGGAUAAGAAGGCGAAAGAAGCUGAUAAAGAAGUUUUAGAAACUAAAGAUAAGGAAACUAAUGAUGAAGUCGAAGUUGAAGUUGAAGUCGAAGAUGAAGAUGAUGAGGAAGACGAAAUGGAAGAUGAAAAUCUUGGUGAGGAUGUGGAUAUAGAUGAGGUGCUCGAUAUGGCUGAUCCAGAUAGGGACUUGUUCCUUCCAGAUACAUAUAUAGAAAAUGAUAAUAUCUCAAAGGACUAUCUACAAGAUCUUUUUGGUAGUUUUCCCUUUGGUUCUGCCGGGGGCAACGAAAUGCAGGACGACCCCUAUGACGAAGAAUACCAAAUUUAUGAUCAGGAUAGUGAUGGCAACUUAUCCAAUGAUGAGGAUUAGUCUAAUAUUGAACGAGAUGGGGCUUUUUAUGGUCUUGAGUUCUAUCUGCUUCAGGGCUUUUUCUCAUCUCGGGACGAUGGCAGGCUAUGGCUCAUGGAGACACAGUGAAACUGCACAAUUCUUUAGGUUAGGCUGAAGUUGAUGUUUUUUUUUGGUAGGAAAUGCAGUUUUAGAUCAGGUAGGAAAAUUUUUAUUUAUCUUCAAAUGUAAAUGAGGUUGUCAAUGCUAGUAAAUGUGGAGUUGGAUAAUAGUUGAACUGUUGAAGUAUAAUAAAGUUAUACUGGAGUAUAAAA